CCUUAUACCAACUGCGAGCGCACAGGCGCCCACAUGCUCACACAGUAAAUGGCAAAAGCCCAGUGAUUAGCGUAAUUUACUCGAGCACUGUGACUGAAGUUAUUCUUUAAUCAGCCGUUAUUACCGAAGCAUUUUCGAGACGCGGGGUGCGUCGAUUACCAAGCCACUUUGUUAUAUGAGGCGUUUACUGUUUUAUGGAGUGUAAGCAUUCCAGAUAUAGCUAGAGUUGCUGCUUUCCUUCAGCGAGCGUUAUUAUCAUUCAGCAACAGUUUUACCCGAGGAGGAUCGAGUUCGUUUGUGAUCAACAGCAAUGGGAUUACACCCUUUGGAGUUCAGUGAAUGCUACCUGGACAGUCCGUCUUUCAGAGAAAGAAUAAAGGCACACGAAGCGGAACUGGACAAGACAAGCCGCUUCAUAAAAGAACUUUAUAAGGAUGGAAAGAAUCUCAUCAAUGCCACUAAACAGCUGGGGAUGGCCCAGCGGAAGUUUGCGCAGUGCCUCGGAGAGUUUCAGUUUGAGUACAUCGGAGAUGCCAAGACCGAUGAUGAGAAAUGCAUAGAUGAAUCGUUGCAGGAAUUUGCCUCUUUCCUGAAGAACUUAGAAGACCAAAGAGAACUGAUGAUGCGGAACAUCACAGAAACGCUGCUGAAACCGCUGGAGAAAUUUCGGAAGGAGCAGCUGGGCUCGGCGAAGGAGGAAAGAAAGAAGUAUGAGAAGGAAACAGAGAAGUACUACAGCUCUCUGGAGAAGCUCCUGACUCUGUCGGCGAAGAAGAAAGACCAGCACUCACAGGCGGAUCAGCAGGUGGAGGGGAUGAGGCAGCACUUUCAGGAGGAGUCCCUGGAAUACGUCUGCAAGCUGCAGGAGAUCCAGGAGAGGAAGAAGUUUGAGUGCGUGGAGCCUAUGCUGGCCUUCUUUCAGACCGUUUUCACCUUCUAUCACCAGGGGUUUGAGCUGGCAAAGGACUUUGACCAUUACAAGAGGGCCUUGCAGAUCAACAUUCAGAAUACAAGGAAUCGUUUUGAGGGUACCAGGUCGGAGGUGGAGGAACUGAUGAGGAAGAUUAAGGAAUGCCCACAGGAGCACAGACAAACCAGCCCUAUUAGUAUCGAGGGUUACCUGUAUGUCCAGGAGAAACGCCCUCCCCCAUUUGGCUCCAGCUGGGUGAAGCGGUACUGCACAUAUGUCAAAGAGCAGAAGUUACUGCAUAUGGUGACAUUCGACCACAGAUCUGGGGGCAAGAUUGGGGAAACUGACUCUGUCAUCCUCAAGUCCUGCUCCUGGAAGAACACUGACGUCUUCGACCGGAGGUUCUGCUUAGACAUAGAGAUAACUGACCGGCCAGGCGUAGUCCUCACUGUCCAGGCCCUCUCAGAAGAUGACCGCAAAUUCUGGAUGCAGGCCAUGGGUGGGAAGGAGCCAAUAAAUUAUUUUGGUAGGACUUACUCAAAGGAAAGAGGAAUUGACGCACAGCUGGAUGAAGUUGGAUUUUCCUUUGUAAAGAACUGCAUCGGCGCCAUAGAAACAAGAGGUAUCAAUGACCUGGGGCUGUACCGAGUCGUUGGGGUCAGUUCGAAGGUGCAGAGGCUUUUAAGUAUUAUGAUCGAUGAGAAGACCUGCAACGAGGUGGACCUGGCUGCGUCUGAUGACUGGGACAUCAAAACCAUAACGAGCGCAUUAAAGCUGUAUCUGAGGAGUCUCCCGGAACCUCUGAUGACCUAUGGGCUUUACAAAGAGUUCAUCGUCCCGGCAAAGUGCGGUAGUCCGGAGUCCCGAGUGGAGGCGAUCCACUACCUGGUACACAAGCUUCCGGAGAAGAACCGGGCACUGCUGGGCAUUCUGAUGAAGCACUUGGCCAGGGUGGCUGCGAACAGUAAACAGAACAUGAUGACGGUGGCUAACCUGGGCGUGGUGUUCGGACCGACCCUCAUGAGGCCCCAGGAGGAGACGGUCGCUGCCAUCAUGGAGCUCAAGUUCCAGAACAUCGUGGUGGAGAUCCUCAUCGAGCAGCACGAGAAGAUUUUCGGCGACCCCCCGAACACGUCCCCCUCCACGGCGGAGCCCUCCUUCAGCGCCCCGACCCGGCAGUCGAAGCGGCAGAACCGGCAGAACCGGCCCCUGGCUGUGUACAACCCUCAGGUGGUGGACAUGCAGGCAGUCUCGCCGGCGGCCGAUUGCUUGAGCGCGGUGACGGACGAGGCCUCUCUGGGGAGCACGGACUCUGUAUCGUCCCAGUCCUCCACCAACACCACCUCUACCUCCGGGUCGCCCCCAGAGGAGGCCCAUAAGCACCUCAACGCCAACGGGGGGAGCACGCUGGACAGCGCGGGGGUUCGGACCUCGAUGGUGUCAUGGAUGAACACAGGGACUGUUACCUCCACCUCUGAAACGGGACCCGUUCCCGUAGCUGCUCCGGGCGAGAGUGCCACAAACAGGAAGGCCAAGGCGGUCUACCCGUGCGAGGCCGAGCACGACUCGGAGUUAUCCUUCCAGGUCGGCGCGAUAUUCGACGCCGUGACCCUGUCCAGGGAACCCGGCUGGCUGGAGGGAGAGCUGGAGGGGAAGAGAGGCCUGAUCCCAGAGAACUACGUUGAGAUGCUAUAGCCCAGGAGCAUCUCGAGCCGGGACCUACACAUGGUAUCCAUGAUCUUAUAUAUAGACUUUUUCUCAGUUACGUUUGCAUACUUUUUUAUGCUUUUAAUAUUUCACUCAAAAUGCUUAGCGAUGGACCCUGAAAAUACCAAAAAAAUGACACUGCCGUCUUUCAACUUGAGGUAAAACUCUGCUGUCUUACAGUAAAAAAAAAAAAAAAA